UGGUAUUUUUAUUCACCGGACAAACUUUGGAAAAAAAUUAUCGGAAACAUAAAUAGACCUAUAUGAGGCAAACAAAGAUGUGGUUAAACUUUUUUCCAAAGUUUGUCCGGUGAAUAACAAUACCACCAUUCGAUGCAGAAUUAAAUUCUGAAUCGAAUAGACUAGGUUUUAUGAGCCGGACAAACUCUGGAAAAAAGUUUUUAGCUUACACACAGUUUCUUCGUGCUAGCUCCUUCGUGCUAGCUUCACACUGAUGCGACAUACCAACAAGAAAAAAAGAAAUCUUACAUCAUUGCAGAAGCGAUUAAUGAAGCCUCAGAAAAUUUAAGAAAACUUAAGAAAAAAUUGAAAAUCGUUGAACAAUCAUCAGAAAGACAAUUAACAGUCGACAAAGGAAAAAUUUCUUCGGGAACAGAAGGAUCGAAAAUGGACUACGCCACUUGGAGGCCAGUAGAAGCUCAUAACAUGCCGAUAACGCACCGCGGUGAAAAAGUUGAAGAGCAAACAGAAAAUGGCAGACUACGGACAAGUGAAACUCAAUAUCGCCUAGAAGUUGACCGUCUGAAAGCAGAUCUUCAAUGUGAUCAAGUGAAAAUUCAACAACUAGAACGCGAAA